GUCAAUUGGUACUUUUAAAAUGUAAACAAUAACAUCAAGUCAAAUAAUUAUCGAAUAUUGGUGUUCCUGAUGGAUAAUGGAGUACAGAGUUACAUGAAAUUCACACAACCUUAUUAAUAGAGUCAUGUCAGCACAGCUCAGGCGGUCAGCCAGGAAAAGGAAAAAUUUGCCAAUAGUGGCUGCUGCAUCAGCAAGGAAAAAGGCUAACCAGAGAGUACCUGACACUAUGUCAGUAACUGCACCACAGUUGCCUACAGUUGAUACUGGUACACCAUUCAUACCCGUUACUAGUUCUACUGGUACAUACCCAAUGUUGUUUUCACAGACAGGGGCAGGCAUAUAUACCAGUGCAAGUGCAGGGCCAGUCGAUUUGACGAGCACAGCUAAUACCCUUUUAUACUCAAGAGUACCACUACCAGACCAAAGAGUGUGCAACACUGUAACCAGUCAAGAUCCUCCAGAACAUUCCUUAGAAAAGUUGUUUGGUGAAACAUACCUGUACAUCCAAACAGCUGCCAUCUCAGAGCAAUAGCACCAUUCCAAGAUACAGGUAGUAGUCUAACAUACUUGGCAUUGAUAGGUGCUGUAAAUGUUUGAUGAACUGGAGU